GGUUCCCGCUUGUUGCUCAUAUUUUCCUUUGGUACUAUAGUAACGACGACGGUUUCCAUUCAAAGUCCUUAAUUUUUCUUACAUUUCUCAUUUAUUACCCCCUAAUUUCUCCCCUUAUAUUCUCCAUCUUUCUCUCUGUUUCCCUAUUUUAUCGCCUCUCAGAUCUUUUUUGGCAGCUGCCAAACUAAGAAACUCACUGUGGCUGUUAACUUUCCCAUGAUAGUAGACUCGCGUCAUGGAAAAAGAAGAUGCUAUUAUGGAAGGUUCAGUCAAUCAUCCUGCUGCUGAAAAGGAAGCAAAUGAACCUAUUCUUAACAAUGAAUCUGUAAAAAAUAAAGUUUCUAGCCAGAGGAAUUUAGGGAGUAUACCAGAUGUUCUGCAGGAGGUGAAUACUGUGAAUGAUCGAAUGGAUGAACAGGAAAAGAAAAUUUCUGUUGAUAAUUCUAUUUUACAUUCUGGUGCUGAAAAAAGUCAGGUUGCUACAAUUAAUGAACCGGGGAAGGAGAAUUCUUUAGGUGAAAGCACGUUAAGUUCUUCACUUGCUAAUAAAAAUGAGAUUGAUAAACCUGACUUAGAUCAAGUUCUCAUCCUAGGGGAACUAAAAUCGUUAAAAAGUGGACAGGAACGCUCCGAAGCAGAGAUGUCUGGUUUGAGUGGAAAGAAAACUGAUUGUGUCAAAGUGGACUUGAAAUGUCUCCGCAAAACUAACAAGAAUCUUGACGAAGUUGUUUAUGAGGAGGAAGCAGAACCUGUAUUUGAUGGAACAGAAGAACCUGGGAUGGGUGUUAAUAGGAGUUUAUCAGCCCGUUCUGCACACCGUGACUCAGAGGCACAGGGAUAUGUUUGGCCUGAGAAGGCAGUGGCUCUUACAAACUUUGUUAGAUCGAAGAGUACAGUUGCGGUGAGUACUGUUCUACGCCGCCUUUCUGGUAAAAGUGAUGACGGGCAAGAUGUUACAACUGAAGAAGAUAAGAGUAAAUGCUAUGAGAAGAGUGCCGUUGCAUCACAAGAACAUGAAAUGCAAGCCGUGUCUCAGAAAACUGUAGAACGGACUGGAUGGAAUCCCCUUAGCUUAAUUGGGAUUUUACGUGAUGACACUGGAAACAGACUUGUGGAGACAGAGGUCUCACCAGAAGCAGUUUUACCAAUAGCCAUGAAGGGAAGGAUUAUAUUGUAUACAAGGUUGGGAUGCCACGAAAGUAAAGAGGCAAGACUUUUUCUACACCGGAAAAGACUCAGAUAUGUUGAGGUCAACAUUGAUGUGUAUCCUAGUAGAAAGAUGGAGCUGGAGAAAAUUGCUGGUGAUUCUGUUGUUCCUAGAGUGUUCUUUAAUGAAGUUUUAAUAGGGGGAUGGAGUGAGCUAAAGAGCUUGGAUGAGUCUGGAAAGCUCUCAGAGAAGAUUGAAUAUGUAGUUGAUGAAGCACCAUCAUUUGAAGCUCCUCUACCACCUCUUUCUGGUGAAGAUGAUUUGUCUAGUAGUGGGUCUAUCGAUGAGCUAGCUGUUAUUGUUAAAAAAAUGAAACAGUCUAUUGCUUUGAAAGACCGGUUUUAUAAGCUGCGCAGAUUCACCAACUGUUUCCUGGGAUCAGAAGCUGUGGACUUCCUGUCAGAAGAUCAGUACUUGGAAAGGGAAGAGGCUGUUGAAUUUGGUAGGAAGCUUGCAAUCAAUCUUUUCUUUCAACAUGUACUAGAUGAAAAUGUGUUUGAAGAUGGAAACAGUCUGUAUCGUUUCCUUGAUGAUGAUCCCUUUGUAUCUCAGUGUCAGAACAUACCAAGGGGUUUAACAGAAGUGAAGCCCAAACCCAUAAUAGAAAUUUCAUCUCGAUUGAGAUUUUUGUCUCAUGCAAUUUUUGAAGCUUAUGCAUCAGAAGAUGGAAGACAUGUUGAUUAUAGAAGCAUCCACGGCAGCGAGGAAUUUGCAAGGUACUUGAGAACAACCGAGGAGCUUCAAAGAGUGAACUUGAAAGACAUGCCCAGGGAGGAGAAGCUUGCCUUUUUUAUUAAUCUCUACAACAUGAUGGCCAUUCAUGCAAUAUUGGUUUGGGGACAUCCCUCUGGACCAAUGGAGAGGAGAAAAUUGUUUGGAGAGUUCAAAUAUGUCAUUGGUGGGUGCACAUAUUCACUAUCAGCUAUCCAUAAUGGAGUCUUAAGGAGCAAUCAGAGACCACCAUACAAUCUAAUCAAACCAUUUGGAGUUAAAGACAAGCGUCUUAAGGUAGCUCUUCCUUAUCCAGAGCCUCUUGUUCAUUUUGCCCUGGUUAAUGGUAUGCGAUCUGGGCCUGCUCUUCGAUGUUAUUCACCUGGAAAUAUAGAUAAAGAGUUGGUGGAGUCUGCCCAUGAUUUCUUAAGAGAUGGAGGACUGAUUGUUGAUCUUAGUACCAAGGUUGCAUACGUUAGUAAAAUCUUGAGAUGGUUUAGUGUUGAUUAUGGGAAGAACGAGGUUGAAGUAUUGAAACAUGCUGCAAAUUACUUGGAUUCAUCGGUAUCUCCAGCUUUGCUAGAGUUGCUCGCCAACAGUCAGCUGAAGGUGGUGUACCAACCUUACGACUGGGGACUGAAUAACUAGCGUUGGAUUCUACCUCCAUUCUCAGAGUCACUGUCAACUUUGUGUGCUACUACAAGAAAUUUCAACAUGAUAUUAUGUGAAAGUAAAAUUCAUGUUUCUUUGGUCUCAACCCAACUUGGCUCUUGUCACUGUUAUAUGAGGAUUUGGUGAAAGUGCCUCAUAAAUUAGCAAAAGUAAUAGAUUAGACAUAUGUUAUAUUUGCUGGUU